UCUGUUGGCGCUGUCUGUGUUUACCUCCCAGCCCAGCGCUGCUGUACUGUGGCCAGCUGCUGGACACAAACCACCAUCCGCAGCCUCAGCUAGCCGGAAAAAAUACUAAUGUAAUCUGCCUCGCGUUCAGCCCUUUGCGGAUUUUCUGCAGCGCCGUGUGUUUGUGACACUGUAGCAGAGUCGUGAUGAAUAAGGAACUCAUGUCACGUGUGGUGAAGAAGAGGCAGGCAGACCCCAAGGUGGUCCAGUAUGUGUGGGCGGCCAUCGAGGUCAUCCGCAACCAGAAGCAAAUCGCAAACAUGGACAGGAUCUCCAAGUACCUGAGUCGUGUGUUUGGCAUGCACCCUAAGGAGACUGCCAGACAGCUGAGCCUGGCUGUGAAGGACGGCCUGGUGGUGGAGACCCUGACGGUUGGCUGCAAGGGCUCCAAGGCCGGCAUUGAGCAAGAAGGAUACUGGCUGCCCGGGGAUGAGAUGGAGCCGAAAGCCGAGGGAAGCAAGGUUAGCAGUCACCCAGUGGACAAACUAGAGUUUGAAUGUGAGAAGCACUGUGAAGCAGUUGCUAGAUGGAGGCCGGUUCUCCCUCUGCAGGACUGGGAGACGGAGAGCCACGACUGGUACUGCUUUGAGUGUCACCUACCGGGCGACGUCCUCACGUGUGACAACUGCUUCCGGGUCUACCAUCUCAAGUGUCUGUCGGAGGAGUGCAAGCCCAGAGACGGAGGAUCGCAUUGGCAGUGUGUCGUCUGCAGGGGCAGUAAAAAGAAGAACCUGAACAAACAGGAGAUGUGUAAAUACCUGCGUUUCAUCGUCCAGCGUAUGAAGGAGAGGGCGGUGGACCUGAACAAGAAAGGCAAAGACAUUAAACAUCCCAUGUACAGACGGUUGAUCCACACUGCACUGGACGUCUCCAACAUCCAAGAGAACCUGUCUGAAGGAAAGUACAAGAGUUUUGAGGAGUUCAAAGCAGACGCUCAGCUGAUUGUUCACAACACAGCCAUCUUGUAUGGAGUUCACAGUGACCAGGCAGAGAUUGCACGGUUGCUCUUCAGCGACACAUGCCACGAGUUGAAUGAGUUGUUGUUGUGUAAGAACUGUUUCUACCUGUCGAACGCCCGGCCCGACAACUGGUUCUGUUACCCCUGUAGCCCCAGCCAUGACCUGGUCUGGGCCAAGAUGAAAGGUUUUGGCUACUGGCCGGCCAAAGUCCUUCAGAGGGAGGACAACCAGGUGGACGUGCGCUUCUUUGGACACCAGCAUCAGAGAGCAUGGAUCCCAUCAGACAACAUCCAGGACAUCAAGGUGAGUGUCCAGCAGCUGCAGGUGAAGCGUAGCAACGGCUGGAAGAAGGCGUGCGAGGAGCUCGAGGUUUACCAGCGUUUCCUGAGAGAGGGACGCUUCUGGAAAACAAAGAUGGAGGACGGCAGCCAGCCACACCAGCAUCACCAACAGAGCCAGAGCCAGCGUCAGCAGCAGCAGGAGGACGGCAACGCGAGGACGGACAGGCUGGAGCGGACAGACGAAGCCGAGUCCAGCAUCUCCUCCACCAGCAACGAGCAGGUCCGACAUCUCAAAGGCAGCCAGGAGCCCAAGGCAAAGAAAAGCCGUCGGACUCAAAUGGUGGAGCCCAAAGAGGAAGCCAGUGACCCAGAGCCGGAGAUGGAGGCGGUGAGCUCCAGCCAGGAGAUUUCGGUGUCCUCUGCGCCCCAGCAGCCCGAGAAGCUGUCGGUGUCCACGCAGACCAAGAAGGGCAGCGGAGGGUCGCCACGCACGCUGCACCGCGGCACCCAGACCAACAGCGACGGUGCCUGCCAGAACAUGUGCCACGAGAAGUACACCAAGGUCUUCAACGACGUCAAGGAGAUGAUGAAGGCAGACAACAAGAGGGAGACGGAGAGGGUCGUCCGAGAAGCUCUGGAGAAGCUCCGUGCAGAGAUGGAGGAGGAGAAGCGUCAGGCCGUGAGCAAGGCGGUGUCCGGAGCUCAGGCGGAGAUGGAGAGGAAGUGUAAGCAGGUGAAGGAGAAGUGUAAAGAGGAGCUGGUGGAGGAGGUGAAGAAGCUGGUGGCCCAACACAAACAGCUCAUCUCCCAGACCAAGAAGAAGCAGUGGUGUUAUAACUGUGAGGAGGAGGCCAUGUACCACUGCUGCUGGAACACCUCGUACUGCUCCAUCAAGUGUCAGCAGGAGCACUGGCACGCCGACCACAAACGAACCUGCCGCAGGAAGAGAUGAACAAGCCCCGCCCCCUCUUACCCCUACACAGCACGCCGUUGGCUCUCGCCCUCUCCUCCGCCUGUCAGUCAGUGUCUACAACACACACACACACACACACACACACCUCUUCCUGCUUCUCUACUUGCCUUCCUGAAAACUUUGUGGACCCGAUGUUUUUCUGCGUGAAAAGAGCGAUUUGCUCCUUUUUUUUUUUUUUUUUUUUUUUUGGUUUUCAUUUUCUUUUUAUUAUUUAAUGUACCCAUCAUAUUGACUUUUCUUACUAUACUGUUUUCAUUUUUUUUUUCUCUCUGAAUCGUGAACAGGUGAGAGCAUGGCUCGAAUGCAGAGUUAUCGUAUGAUUUUUGUGUUGUUUCUCUUCAUUUUAUUUUUUAUUUUCCUUUACUGAAGUGCUAAUUUUGAACUCGUGUCAGAGAAUGUGUUAUUUAAGUGUGUAGUAACAGAUGAGCAUUAACUGAAUACAUUUUAUUACCUGAAUUUUUUAAAGAAUCACUUUUCUUACUGUAAAUGCAACAAAUACACGCCGUCGAUCUUACAGAAAAGAAUGAACACAUGCCGUAAGUACUAUCGCUGCGUUGAACUAGCUCUGCUUUCAUAGAGAAAACUUAUUUUAAAAAAAAGACAAAAAACUGCAUCAGAUAUUGAAUUGUGGAUGACGUGGCUCAUGGACGUUAAUGUGUUUUGUUUUUUUCCAUGAAACUAUUGCAGUGGACAGCACCUUUUAUCGUUUCUACCUAAAAUCUUUAUUGUCCUCAAGUCACUUAUUGGGAACAGGGUCACGAGUUCGGCCUUAAAAGACGCCGACAAAAGAAUCUUCCAUGUAUUGUUAUUACAAUUAAAAUUAUUAUGCACAUCUUUUUUUUUUUUUUUUUUUGGAAUAGACUGUAAUUUUUAUCAGAGUCAGAUAUUGAAAAAGUUUUUAAUUUGUUCUAAAUUGGAGAGGUGUAUAGCAAUCUUUCCUGAGCUGGAUCUUAGAGAGGUUCCAAUGAAUUGACAGUUUUUCUACUCAUUUCUUUUUUUCUUUUAUUUUUUUUGCGCAUUUCAUUUUCUUAACAACCCAAAUGCUUGUAAUAUUGCCAAAAAACAAACUGACAUUUUGUUGAACCUACCUGAGAAGAUCUGGUGAGUGCUCCCUUCCCAGCUUUCCUAAAACCUUAAAAAAAAAAAAUGUAUAUUUUUCCGUCAGUGUCAUUUUUAUCGUGAUGUACACUCAGAAUUCGCUCCCCCUCAUUUUCCUUUUUCUAACCUAAAGUGACUAGCUAUGAGACUCUUUCACUGCUUAUGCUGUAGUUGGUGGUCAGUGCCUGUUUUUCUUUUCUCAUACUCUUACUCCCGGUGAGGCUACAUGCAUGUUGAUAGAUUCAUAGUUUGUCUUUUUUCAUUCAUUACGGUAAAAUAAAAUAAAAAAAAAAGAGAGAGGGAGGGAGAGCAGAUCCGCUGGUGUCUAAUAAGCAGUACGGAGGGAUGGACCAAUUUAAAACAUUAUGCAAAUGUGAACGAUCAAAUGAAUUUUUUCUAUAGUUCUCCCUGCGCUGGGUGUCGCGUGUGUUGUUUAUACAUAUGAUGCUUUGAGUUUGUUUUUUUAUUUUUGUUUUUUGUUUUUCCCCAGUGCGGCAAUAAAAUUGCCAGUUUUCUGAUUUUAUUUUGACUUUCACUUUUAAAGUUUGUCGACCGUUUCCUCAGUGAUGAAGAUUGACUGAACGGAGGAAAAUAAUUCACUUACUCUGUACAGACGCCUUGUUGUUUUUUUUUUUUUUUCUUUUUUAAACUCACAUCAGUUUGUGCUUCGUUUAACGUGUGGGAAAGUAAAGUACCGUAAAUUUUCUCACAGUGGGCAAAAGAGAGAGCGCUAAAGAGAAAACCAGGCUUUUAGAUUUUAUCCCGUUUCUGUGCCGGCUGCUGAUUCCACACGGACUAAUGACCAGCCACAUAUUCAUGUCUGUGGUAGAAGUUUUACUCUUUGACAGAGUAAAAAAAAAAAAAACAAAUAACAACAGAGACAAACGAAAUGUUUUUGAAUCUUAAUGUUUGUGACGUUAUCUUUCUGUCUCGAGCCCCUUUUAUUGAUUAGUCAGUGAUGAUGCAGUUAACCGAUGAAGUUUUUUGAUUCUGGUCAUUUAUAAAUUAACAAAGCAUUUCGGGAGUUGCUGUUUUUUCAGCUAAAUCACAAACUGCAUGUAGGUCGCUCACCUGUUUGCCUUUACCUGGAAGGCUUUUAUUGUGAAAUAUGUACAGAUGACGGUGGGUUUCGUUGGCAGCAGCUUCAUGAAUGAGGAGGAUGAUGAUGUUUUGUGUUUUUCUUUUUGUGCAACAACUUCCACGGAAAAGACGCAAACCAACAGUGUGUUAGUUCAUCACUGUGGAGCAGGUAUCAUUUCUCUGGGACUAUUUUUAGCGGCGGAUUAGCCCAUUCUUCAGUCCAGUGAGUGUUUCUGAAAGCAGGCAGGUCUUUGGCUCAGAGGAAUCAAACAUAUCGGGCUUUGGUUACACGCGUGACACCGGUUGGUUUUGCUCUUUCCGUGGGAUUUGAUGACAGUAAGAAAAACCUUGAAUAUUAUCACAGUGUGAGAUCAGCCCGCUGUCAGGGGAUUUACGGUAACUUGUUUCCAGACUUCAUCUCUAUAAAGUUUUUGCUCAGUCGUCUCCGGAGCCUUUGCUUUGAAAUGUAGCGUGUUAUUGUACAGUUCAGCCGCGGUUUAAUGAUCCGGUGUGCGGCCGCUUGUGGUUUAUUUCUCUUACUCACAUUGUUUCUGGAAAACGUUCUCUCUCUCUCUGCCGUUGUGUUUCAUCACGGUUCUCCUCUGCGGGCUUUUCUUCUUUUCAUCAUCAUCAUCAUCAUCAUCGUCAUCAUCAUCAUUGCACUACAUGUAAAUAAAAUGUCCUGUCAAUAUCUCCUCCUCCUCCUUAUUAAUAUGUACAUUGUAAAUGAAUUCACAGAUAUCGGCUUUGUUCUCUCCUGUGUUCACAGAGAUCUGGGUGUAGUUUUGUACAAUGUACAACUGUGACCGUAUAAACUCCGGUUUCUGUUCGUGACCGCGACGCUCAGAGCGUCGUGUCCUUUUUAACCCACCCGGUUAUUUCAGUGUAGUUUUUUGUUUUUCACGCGUUGCUGAGAACCAACCGAUAAACGCAUGUUCUCCCGAAACCGACACACCUGUGGAAGGCGACUCAUGUUUUACCUGUGGGGGGCGCUGCCCCUCUCUCUCUCUCUCUCUCUCUCUGACUGUUUUUAUAUUCGUCCAUCCAGCCGGAAACGUUUCUUCCCCCCGUGUGGAAAAAUAAAUGUGAUGUCAUUCCAGUUUGCAUCUCUGGUUUUUAACUGCAUGAGUAAAGGUGUGUGUAUCUAUGGCUCCUUUUCUUUUUUUUGUUUUUCUUUUUUUGUUUUUUAUUUUCUGUCCCCUCGUGUAAAGCAGACAUAUUUGCACUCCCUCAGAGUAAUGCAAUAUGACAAUGAUGUUUUUUCUUUUUGUUGUUUGUUUUUUUUCAUAUUUUCUUUUUAUUUUCUGGAACUCCAGUCGAGCUAAAUCACAUCUUUGAAGCUGUUGGAAAAAUAAAUGAGUGCAUCGAUCACGUUGUCGCCCGUAACCAGGCUUUUCUCCGUUCUUAUUCCAGAGUAUUAGAAGUACACGAUACUGUGCGAGUUCUCCUGCUCAUCACUUACAGAACUGUACCUUAAACUGGAAUAAUGUCAGUUGUCGCCUCCUGUAGGUCAUGUUCUUCUGUUCAUAUGUAAACUAUUAAUCGUGGCUUAACAUUUUCUAUGCUCCUGACAUUUUUUUUCUUUUGUUUGGUUUUUUAUGCUUUAGCUAGCAAUAUGUAUAUAAAUAUAUUCUAUGUGCUAACAUGGAGGAAAUAAAUGUAUCAACAGUU